CCUCCCGGGGGCUUCGCCUGGGGCGAAGGCGGCGCGCACGCCCUCCGGCAGGUGUGCAGGGCGGCGGUCCAGUUCAAGCUGCCAGCCCCGGGCCCGCCGGUGCCAUGGACAGCCUGCGCCAGCGCUUCGAGCGCUUUCUGGAACGGAGGAAUCUGGCCACCGAAGCGCUCGGGGCGCUCGAAGCCAAGACCGGUGUCGACAAGCGGUACUUGGCCGCGGGAGCCGGCACCCUGCUCGGCCUGUAUCUUCUGUUUGGGUACGGGGCGUCUCUACUGUGCAAUCUCAUCGGCUUUGCGUACCCCGCCUAUGCUUCGAUCAAAGCUAUCGAGAGCCCAAGCAAAGAGGACGACACCGUGUGGCUCAUCUACUGGGUGGUGUACGGCCUGUUCGGGCUGGCCGAGUUCUUCAGCGAUCUACUCCUGUCCUGGUUCCCUUUCUACUACGCGGGCAAGUGCGCCUUCCUGUUGUUCUGCAUGGUUCCCGGCCCCUGGAACGGGGCUCACGUGCUGUAUCGUCGCCUCAUACGUCCAGUGUUUCUAAAGCAUCACGAGGCCGUGGACAACAUGAUGAGCGACCUCAGCGGGCGGGCCCUGGACGUGGCAGCCGGGAUAACGAGGGACGCCAAGGCAAGCGGGACUCAGGCCCAGGAGAACAAGUGACGUCCCUGGCCAGCCCCUGCGCGGACGCACCAGCCGGCGGCGAGUCCUCUGCGGAGUCCUCAGCCGAGACCCCAGCGGAGCCCACCCCCCGCCCCUCGUCCCCGAGCAA